AUGCAGAAUCCCGCCUCUGGCUUCUCUGCCGGCGACAAUUCCACUGCUAGAACGUCCAAUGGUGCGGCCCUGGCAUCGCCGACUUUGCCCACAGCAGCCUCCAAGACCAGCACGACGACAACCCCUAUUCCGAGCACCAGCGUCCCGACCAGCCUCGACACUGCCCUCAGCAGCCAUCCGAGACACUCCUUGCCUGCGCUGGAUCCGCUCUCGCGCGCAUUGAGGCCGUCGCCGUCGAGCCCGACUUCGGACUCGCCCUUGGCCUCUGCAUCAGCCUCAACGUCGCCCUCGACAGCGCCAGAAACACCACGCGCCAGCCUUGAUUCGCGACCGUUGUCCGCCCGCAGUCGGCGUAACGGCGCCCCGUCCUUGUCCAUCCCAUCCGCCCACCGCGACGCAAAGACGCGGAAUGGGCUGGCUCGUCUGGCGCCUAUAGUCCCCUUUUCACCGCCGGCCACCGUCCUGUCCUCCACCGCGACUCGGCGAUCGCCAACCUCCUCGCCCGCGCCCGCCUUCUCUCUCCCACCUGCGGUCUCGACCGCUGCCUCGACUUCUGCGUCGGCCGCGACCCUGGCCGCCUCUACCCCCUUGCUCGCCUUGUCAGGCAAUACUCCCGCGCGCGGCGCUACUAGCAACCAUCUCGACGACGACAGCGGAAGCCGCACCGGCGGCAGCAGCGGCAUUGCCUACCGGAGCAACGGCAACGGUAACGGCAUCGUUAGCGCCGGCUUUGGUUCGCCUGCGCCCAGGUACGCGAUUGCGUCAGGGGCGAACGCCGUCCCCCAGCCCAUCAUGGAGAAGUCGCCGCGGCCGGAGCGGCCAGUCGUUCGCCGGCCACCACGCGCACGAAGCCCAUGGGGCAUAACCCUCUUGACGUUGUCCGCCUCGCUGCUCGGCGCUGUGCUGCUGGGCUUGAUCCUCAAGUCGUUUGUUACACGACAGUUUGUUCUGGAUCCCAAAGGCUGUCGUAUGUCCUAUAUGAGGCCCUCCUACGCGCACCUGAGCGAGUUCGACACCGAGCACACUAGGUUCGCCAGUAAAUACUCUCUAUAUUUAUAUCGAGAGCAGGGUGUUGAUGACGAGACCAAGCUGAAGGGCAUUCCCGUCCUUUUCAUCCCGGGCAAUGCUGGCAGCUACAAGCAGGUCCGCCCCAUCGCCGCCGAGGCCGCAAACUAUUUCCAUGACGUCGUGCAGCACAACGAGGCCGCCAUCCGUGGUGGUGCGCGCAGCCUCGACUUCUUCACCGUCGACUUCAACGAGGACAUUACGGCCUUCCAUGGCCAGACGCUAUUGGACCAGGCCGAAUACCUCAACGAAGCCAUCCGUUACAUUCUUUCUCUCUACCUCGACCCGCGCAUAUCCGCCCGCGAAUCCGAUACGCCCGACCCUACCUCCGUCAUCAUCCUCGGCCACUCCAUGGGCGGCGUCGUGGCCCGCACGAUGCUCAUCAUGUCCAACUACCAGUCCAAUUCGAUUAACACCAUCGUGACGCUUUCGGCCCCCCACGCCCGCCCACCAGUGACGUUUGACAGCGAAAUUGUCAAGAUCUACAGCGACAUCAACGACUACUGGCGCCAUGCUUACUCCCAGCAGUGGGCCAACAACAAUCCCCUGUGGCAUGUCACGCUCGUGUCCAUCGCGGGCGGCGGCCUCGACACCGUUGUGCCCUCUGACUACGCGAGCCUGGAGUCUCUCGUUCCCGAUACGCACGGGUUUACUGUCUUCACUACCACGAUUCCCAAUGUCUGGACCAGCACGGACCACCAGGCUAUUUUGUGGUGCGAUCAGUUCCGCAAAGUCAUCUCCCGCGCCUUGUACGAUGUUGUCGAUGUUCACCGUGCGACGCAGACGAAGCCGCGCGCCGAGCGCAUGCGAGUGUUCAAGAAGCACUUUCUCACCGGCAUGGAGUCCAUUGCUGAGAGAGACGUGCCGUCCAAGGAGCCCACGACGCUCCUGACCCUCGAGGACAACUCCAACGCCAUCGUUCCCCAGGGCGACCGUCUCGUUCUGCGCAGCUUUGGCGACUCGCCCCGUCUCAAGGCCCAUCUCUUGCCCAUUCCGCCGGCUGGGUCGCCCGUUGGCAGGCAGUUCACUCUGCUGACCGACCAGCAGCUCGACAAGCCCGGCGACGCUGGCAAGUUGGAAGUCUUGUUCUGCAGCGUUUUCCCACUGCAGUCGGGCCAGGCUGGCGUGUUUCCGAUCAAGAUGGACCUGUCGGGCGAGGGCACUGGUUCCACGCGCCUGGCGUGUAAGAACGCCGCGUCAGAUGUCAUUGUACUGCCUGCUUCGCGGCGCAGCUCCCGCUAUCCCUUCACUCUCGGUGAAGAGCGGGAGGCGAGCCCGUUCUCCUACCUUCAGUACGACAUCGAGCACAUCGCGGAGCAUCAGUUUGUCGCUGUCAUCGACAAGGCCACGGGGCAUGCUCCGGGCUUCCUCAUCGCCGAGUUCAGCGACAACUCCCAAUCGCACCGCGUGCGCGAAACCAGCCUUCAUAGCAUGCUCGCCUUUGGUCUCAAGUUCCGGCUACCUGCCAACCGCCCCAUGGUGACAGAUGUCAAGAUCUCGUCGCUGCAGUCCAGCCUCCUGGCCUACCACUUGGACAUUGGAAACCAGGCUUGCGGCGAAGAGGCAGAGAUCUUUACGCCGCUUGUGCGCCAGCACCUGUCAGCACCAUUCGAGUCCAAGUACUAUGUCAACGCGCGCCAGGCCAGUGUCAGUGUUCACGGCGUGGCACCCUACAUGCCCCCGCCAUUGAACCGGCGUCUCUCAUCCGAAGACGGCCUGAGCUUCCAGUUCUGGACCGACCCGACCUGCAACUCGAGCAUCCAAGUGCAUCUUUCCGUCGAUGUAAUGGGCAGCAUGGGCAAGCUGUAUAUGCGCUACCGGACUGUUUUUGCCGCCUUCCCUGUACUGAUUGUUGCCCUUGUCCUGCAAAAGCAGUUCCGGAUCUAUGACGAGACGGGCAUUUUUGUCACCUUCUCUGAGAGUCUGGACAUGUGCCUUCGCAAGUCCAUCCCUGUUGUUGUAGCGGUUUUGACCGUGUUUUCCCUGUCCAUUGGAGGUCCCCAGGCAAGCCAGUCGUCUCCUGGCUUUUGGAACUGGCGAAAUGCCACCGAUGUGGCCGUUGACUUUCAUAAGAACGACCUUCUUGUGGGUACACAGGACCCAUUCUACUGGUUCCUCAUCCCCCUCAUCAGCGUCAUCUGUAUUGGCGUAUGCACGGCCGUCAACUAUGCUGCUCUGGCCUUGACGCAUAUACUGGGCCUCGCCCUAAGCCUCGCGGUUUCCCGUCCGGGCUGGGUACGCCACGACGAUCGCCGUCGGGCGUCCCAGCAUCUGGCCCAUGCAGCCGACCCGCUCCAGCAGCAACAGCAGACGGCCGCAAGCCAGCUACAAUCCCAGCAGUACUUCUCACCGGCCUUUAUCCAGUCGACGCCGCGUCGCCGCUUGAUCACCACGGCCGUGCUCCUGUUUCUGGUAUCCACGGUCGUUCCCUAUCAGUUUGCCUACCUUGUCGCUUGUCUCGUCCAGAUUGCGACCACCGUGCGGGCCUUGCGUGUGGCAUCCGAUCUGCGGUCGACGGUUAACUACAACUUUUACAACUACGUUCACUCGAUCCUCAUCCUGAUGCUGUGGAUUCUUCCCAUCAACCUCCCAAUUUUGGCCGUCUGGAUUCGGAAUCUGGCCGUCCAUUGGCUGACGCCGUUCUCGUCCCAUCACAACGUGCUCUCAAUCAUGCCAUUCAUCGUCUUGGUCGAGACGCUCACGACCGGCAGGAUGGUGCCUCGUGUGACCACGCGGCUAAAGUACGUUGUGAGCUUCCUUCUCUUCGGCGUUGCUGUUUCCGCCGCUGUGUAUGGCGUGUCGUACGCCUACAUGAUUCAUCACCUCGUCAACCUUGUCGUGGCCUGGUUGGUGACGGUCCAUUCGACAGGCGACUCGGAGAUUUGGUCGGGGGCAGUGCUGACGGACCUGUUCGAGAACGGGACCACGGACAGAAAACAGGGCAAGUCGCCAUAG